AUGGCUGUCGGCAAGAACAAGCGUCUUUCAAAGGGAAAGAAGGGUCUCAAGAAGAAGACCGACACCUUCGCUAAGAAGGACUGGUACAACAUCAAGGCCCCAGGAACUUUCGCGGUCCGAGAUGUUGGAAAGACCCUCGUCAACCGUACCACUGGUCUCAAGAACGCAAACGAUGCUCUGAAGGGCCGGAUAUUCGAGGUCUCGCUCGCCGAUCUCCAGAAGGAUGAGGACCACGCCUUCCGCAAGGUCAAGCUUCGCGUCGACGAGGUUCAGGGCAAGAACUGCCUGACCAACUUCCACGGUCUCGACUUCACCUCCGACAAGCUCCGCUCCCUCGUCCGCAAGUGGCAAUCCCUCAUCGAGGCCAACGUCGUCGUCAAGACCACCGAUGACUACCUCAUCCGCCUCUUCUGCAUUGCCUUCACCAAGCGACGACCAAACCAGGUCAAGAAGACCACAUACGCUCAAACUUCGCAGAUCAGGGCUAUCCGCAAGAAGAUGAUGGAGAUCAUGACCCGCGACGCCAGCGCAUGCACCCUCGCUCAGCUCACCCAGAAGCUCAUCCCCGAGGUCAUUGGUCGUGAGAUUGAGAAGGCCACCCAGGGCAUCUACCCCCUCCAGAACGUCCACGUCCGAAAGGUCAAGCUCCUCAAGGCACCCAAGUUCGACCUUGGUGCUCUCCUUGGUCUCCACGGCGAGUCGAGCCAGGACGACUCUGGCCAGAAGGUUGAGCGUGAGUUCAAGGAGACUGUCCUUGAUCAGGUUUAA